AUGCCAUAUCAUCUCCCUGUUCUUCUGAACCCUUUACUCAAUGCUAUAUUCAACUGCCCUUCUCCGAAAACAUCAUCAUUGAAACAGAUGUUCUCUCGUUUGGAUGAUGAGAGGUUCUUUAUACUAGUACCGAGUACUGAAACCUUAUUACAGUUCCAGGAUUUGGAGUCGGGUCUUGAGCUGGCAGAGCUUUGUUAUCAUUAUGAUUUUGUUGCAUCUCAUAUCGUGGUAAUAAAGGACCCUACUAAAGAUGUUCCUGACCAGCGGUCUAUUUAUAAUACGGAUUUUACAACGCUGAAUGGUAGGAAAUUAUCCAUACGAUAUCGGAACAGCACAAUUGUCACUGGUGAUGGUUUUACAGAGAGACGGAAGAUCACUAUCAAAGAAAUCAAUCUCUUGCCAACUUUUAAUGAUUAUUUGAAAGGCUCAAAUUAUACUCCCAUUUUACAUAUAAGCAUGCCUCUAUGUGGUGACUUAGUCCCAUUAGAUGAGUUGCAGGUGUUUUCUAAAGUUGCUGGAAAUAAGUAUUCUAAGCAGGAACAAGCCCCACUUCCAUUUGAUGAAGAGCAGAAAAAGGUGUUAUAUUUUGAGCAAAGAAUCCAGAGCAUAUCUGACGUAGCCGAACGAGUGGCAUUGACUUUCCACCUGACAAAAGCAAGAAUUAAAAAGGCAAUAAGUGUGAUUGGAAUUCGAACCGAGUGGUUAAAUACCCGAGAUUCCAUACGGCAGAUCAUCAGCUUGGACAAACGGUUAAACCACUUAGAAGAUUUGGAUGCUAUGAUUUAUGAUUAUGUUGAGUUGAAACUAUUUACAGAUAUACAACAACAAUUAUCGGAAAUUGUUGAAGACCAAGAGUUAGAGCACAGAUUUGAUUUUAAAGCUUUGAGGUCAAUAUCUUUGAACCAAGUACCUACUAACUUUUACCCAAAGGAUGAAAAAUCAUUUUCUUUGGCUAGUGUCGUGGAAUUGGAAAAAUCUGUAAACGAUGCAUUAGAGUAUCUCAAGAGCAUUGAUUUGAAGACGACUCAUUCCGGUAAACUCGAAGUUUUAAGUACUACAAUGAGGCUUUUAAGCCGUGAAAUAAAUGGCAUAUCCACUGAUGCAGAUACAUUGCUAAGCCUUUUCGUUCUUUUAAUUUGUCGAUCUCAAGUAACAGGCCUAGUGCGAACAUUGACAUACUUGACUAAUUUCGAAAUUAGCGAGACCUCAAUUAAAUUUGGACUUCAAGGAUAUGUUCUCUCUACUUUUGAGGCAGCAUUAUCCUUUUUCCAUCAAGAUACAGUGGACUCUCUAACCAAAAAGUGUGCUUCAAACAAAAAAAUAUGGGCUUCGAUACAGAAGCAUAGUAAAGUGGAAGCUGAAUUGUUGUCUUCAAAUCUUCGAAUUCGUACAGACAGUGGAGAGUCGUUACUCUCCAUUUGCAUUCAAUCGCAUAAUAAUGAGGUGUUAACUACGUUGUUGGCUAAUUUUGAAAGUGAAUUCCCUUUAGAAGAUAUCCUCGACGAUAGAGAUUUCGCGUUAUCGACGCUUCUAAUACAGGCUCUACAAGUACAGAACUCUCAGGCCGCAGCGAUUCUCUCUGAAAUUAUCUUGAAAUCUUGUACCGAGUCUGAAGUAAGAUCUUAUCUAAACUCCCCAAACCUGCAUAACAGGAUCACAGCACAUUAUAUUAUGCAGGACAUAUCUUUGCUUGAAUCAGUAGGUCGGUACUUCAAUUGGGAACAUAAAGACAUAAAUGGGCAUACACCACUUUUCGCGGUUUUUCGAAGCUACGAUGCAGUGAAUUAUGAUGAAAUUGUUACAAAAGUUCUUGACCAAGUUGUCAAAUGGUAUGCAAAUAACAAUAAACCGUUUAAUUUUAAAAUUCACGAAGAUCCUAAAGGCAAUACGCUAUUACAUGUUAUGAAAAGUGGUAUUGAAUCCCUUUUAAAACUUCCUGAUGUUAACGUCAAUAAACCAGAUUCAAAAGGGUUGACACCGUUAAUGAUAUAUUCAAGAUACAAUCGAAUCACAAACAUCGAGACUAUUAUGAAAGAUGAAAGGUUACUUUGUGAUUUAGUCCAACAGCCACUAGUUAUGACAUCUCUCGACUUCACGAAAAAUCCCAAAGUAACAAAGACUAUACUUGAUGCCACGUUUAAUAGGGAACCCGUAGUUAUCCAUUCUUUGAGAUUUGAAGAAAGAAAAUGGAAGAUUGGGAUAUUCUCUGAGGGAAUAUUCAAGAAAUAUUCAUUGGACUUGAUACAAUACUAUCUUCGUUAUUUGAAGAUUAUGUACCCAUGCAGCUUUCACCCAGUUCAACUUCUUACUAACGAGCUGAGACUUUUAGGAAUAUAUGGGGUUCCCGGCGUCCUGAGAUUGCAAAGUUAUCAUACAUUCAAAAAGCUUGAUAUGCUCUUUAGUUAUGUCAAUACCCGUGGUAAGUUAUGGUUAGGUAAAGAUGAAGAAGAACUGAAAGUGUUAUUAGACGUUCCUACACCCUACUUAUCUGAGUCGGAACGGUUCAUAAAGUUAGAACCGGAGGAGAUAAACGGCAUUCAAACUUUCUUGAAAUACAACCUAGCUGAGUUUCAGAAGCUGAGAAAUUGUUUGAUUAUUUUGAAGAAACUUGCGAUAGUACAACAAAUCAAACACAGAGAUGUCAUAACGAUGCGAAACUCUUUCCUAUCUUUGGGGAACCAAAUGUCGCAAAAAGGUGUAGCAAAAAGUUUUGAAAAUACAAACUGCGCUUGGUCUUAUGAUCUUUCAUAUUAUGAGUUUACUCGAAACUUGGAAUAUCUAGAGCACUCUGUUGUCACUUUACUUAAUAACUUUGAGUCUCUUCUCGCAAAGACAACUUUAUGGUGGAAACAUUUUGGUGAAUUAAUGGAACUGAAGAAAGAGUGGAAGAAAAAUUUCCCAAAUGACAAGGCGCCUCCUUCUUCAGCAAACAGAAAUUUUAUAGAUACCUACAUUGAAGGUAAAAGGUCUAAAUUUAGGAAUAAGUUAUCCAAUCAACUGAAAAUGAGCUCUUUGAACCUUAAGAAAAUUGGCGGUGAAAUCAAAACAACACAUGAAUCGAUCGCAGUGGGGAUAAAUCUAUUCAUCGAAUUCAAAGAGCAGUUUUACCACGAUCAUAUCGUUAAAUCCAUAGUUGAUCAAAGAAUCAGGGAAAAUAAACAAAUCAUGCAACAAUUGAUUGAUACCAUGAAAGGGCAUGUUUAA